UUGCGCGGGCGGCUGCGCGGCUGCGCGCGGGGUCGGUAGCGUCGGGCGGCAGUGGCGGCGCAGACCUGGCCCCGCGCCCCGGCGCCCCCGCUGCGGCCCGAGCGGCCUGGCUGAGGAUCCGUGCGUAGUGAUGGCGCGGCCGCCCAGGCAGCGCCCCGGGGCCUGGACGCUGCUGCUUUGGCUGCUGCUGGCGGGGCCCGCCACCUGCGCCGCUAGCCCGGCGGACGACGGCGCGGGCCCGGGGGGCCGGGGACCCCGAGGCCGCGCACGGGGGGACGCGGUCGCCAACGAGGCGGUCUCGCGCCACGACUCCUCCUACGGCACCUUCGCGGGGGAGUUCUACGAUCUGCGCUACCUGGCGGAGGAGGGUUACCCUUUCCCUACUGCUCCUCCUGUGGAUCCAUUUGCCAAAAUCAAAGUGGAUGAUUGUGGAAAAACUAAAGGAUGCUUUAGAUAUGGCAAACCGGGCUGUAAUGCAGAGACCUGUGACUACUUCCUUAGCUAUCGGAUGAUAGGGGCUGAUGUGGAGUUUGAGCUGAGUGCAGACACAGAUGGUUGGGUAGCAGUUGGAUUCUCUUCAGACAAGAAAAUGGGUGGUGACGAUGUCAUGGCCUGCGUCCAUGAUGACAACGGCAGGGUCCGCAUACAGCACUUCUAUAACGUAGGCCAGUGGGCAAAGGAGAUCCAGAGAAAUCCUGCCAGAGAUGAAGAAGGAAUUUUUGAGAACAAUCGGGUCACCUGCAGAUUUAAACGCCCUGUGAAUGUUCCCAGAGAUGAAACAAUUGUUGAUCUGCAUUUGAGUUGGUAUUAUCUGUUUGCCUGGGGUCCAGCCAUUCAGGGCUCUAUCACCCGACACGACAUAGACUCACCACCGACUUCAGAGCGUGUUGUUAGUAUUUACAAAUAUGAAGACAUUUUUAUGCCGUCCGCUGCCUAUCAGACCUUCUCCUCUCCGUUUUGUUUGCUCCUCAUUGUUGCCCUGACCUUCUACUUAUUGAUGGGAACCCCUUAACCACAGCUGCAAAGCCAACAAAUUAAAUGGAUUAGAAAGUCUUUACUAUAAAUGUAUUUUUAAAUAAUAUGCAGUAUAAUUUUAGCUUCUAUUAUUUAAAAAACACUCACAUGAUUUCAGCUUUUUGGGAGAAAGGACAAGCUUCUUUUCUAAUCAAAGAGGAUUGUUUAGUGAUGACUCCUUACUUUUGGAAAGUACUUAAAACUUUUCUAAGCACUUUCAAAUGUUCUCUCAUUUGAACAUUCACAUCAUUGAGUUGGGAUGAGGAAAAUUAUUACUGCCAUCUGAAUGGGAUUUGAGACCCAGGAAAGCUGCUGUUUCGUGACCCAAAUGCCAUGUAGCCUUCACUACUUGUUAGAUAAUACAGAGCAAGUCAGGGAAAGAGCUAGGCAUAGAGGUCAUGUUUCUAAGCAACCUUUACUCUUUCAACCACAGCUCAAGAGACUGACUUGGACUAUUACGAAAAAGAACUUCCCUGGGUGGCCCUAGUUCAGAGGCAGCCAUUCAGGCAGAAGAACUUUCAAAUUCCCAUAAAUGCUUUUGGAUAUUUAUACAGCUGAUUACAGGGAGAUUACAAUAAUAGGAAAAUGGUUCAUAUUUAUUUGAACUUUCUUCUCAGUUAGUGAGUAGCUCUAAGAAAACAUUUUUAUUACUGUUUGUAAAGGUUAGAAACAUAACUGUGAGUGUUCCUGAAUAUGUAAAAUUAUAUUAAUGCUAAAAAAUAUGAGCAUUUUUAGCAGUUAGACUAUAGACUCUUCUACCACUAUGUUUUGAUAAAUUAAGGUAUUCAUUUGCUGUUACAGCUAUUUCUAUUGUCAGAGUCCACAUACACAAAGUAUGAAUAAAUAUUAUAAUAGGCAAAUCAUCUUAAUAAAAAUCUAAGGCAUUUUGAUAAUAAAUUAACAUUUUUGAAGAUUGUUUUGAGUGGAAACUUUAAAGACAAGAUUGUUUAUUUUAAUUAGAGAAUGGGAAAUGACCUGCAAAGGGAAUUCGCCUAGAAUAUCCAUUCACAAUGUUCAGACUUAUAAAUUGGCCUGUCAGUAAGCAUAAUUUAUAAUAAUACCUUGACUCAGUGCAUUUCCUUUUUUCAAAAGAACCCAGUUGUUUCUUUGUUCCAAAUGUCUGUGCCAACAGCCCAUUUAGAGGAAAGGAGUCUGAGUGUAGUUAAACUGCUGAACUCCAUUGCACAGUUCUGGAGUCCUCUGACUUGCCCCUGUUGCUUUAAAGUUGGAUCCAAUUUUGUGGUUUUGUGAUUAAACAACUCUGAUGACUGAUUUCUCAUACCAUCCUCAAAAUUCAUGGCAGGGUGAAAGUCUGCCUGUGGGAAGAGCCUUCAAAGUCUUCUGGAGCUGCACAAAAACAAGGAAAACAUCUAGAUUCUGUGACAUUGUGCAGUUUACCAAGCACAUCCAAGGAA